AAACAAAAAACCGUUAGAGGUGGUGGGAACUAAAAAACUCCGUGACAUCGCACGGACUGUUUAAGGUGGCGGACAGCUUCCUGUCCUGUGUCAGGUCAAAAUGCUGUCUCUGCGGUUGUUGCAGCGGCUAAACCCUGUUUUAUCUCAACAUGGAAACACAAGUUUGAGGAGUUUAACUUCACAGGUAGUCCAACAGAAAGAUGACAUGCUCGUAAAAAUGGAGAAUCCGUACAAAGAGCCACAGAAAGGAUGUGUCCUCUGCAACGUGAGGGUGGAUUUCAAAAAUAUACAGCUGCUGUCCCAGUUCAUCUCUCCUCACACAGGCCGGAUCUACGGCCGACACAUCACAGGUCUGUGUGGGAGAAAACAGAAGGAAAUCUCCAAGGCCAUAAAGAAAGCUCACGCUAUGGGUUUCAUGUCGGUGACUCACAAACACCCCCAGUUCAUGAAGGACCCCAACAUCUGCAGCAUCAGACAGAUGGCUUAGUGGAUCAGUGUUUCAUCGUGUGUUUAUUAAAGUCUGUCAGCUCUGA